GGGGUCCUGCAGUCUCUCUAUAGAGGCUGUUCCGGGUUCCAGCGAUGGCGGCUGCAGAUCUGAGGGACGAGCUGAGCUGCUCCAUCUGCCUGAUCCUUUAUACCGACCCAGUAACCCUGCCCUGUGGGCACAACUUCUGCCGGGGCUGCAUUGGGGCAGCAUGGGACUCCCAGGGGGGCUCUGGGGCUUAUUCCUGCCCUGAAUGCAGAGAGGAGUAUCCGGAGCGCCCUGCCCUGCCCAGGAACAGAACUCUGGGUAACAUAGCAGCGCGACUCCUCACUAUUGCCCCCCAGCCGGGGGAGAGCGGGACCCUCUGCACUUACUGUGUCCAUUCCCCUGUACCUGCCGCUAAAUCCUGUCUCCUGUGUGAGGCCUCUCUGUGUGAUACCCACCUGCUGGGGCACAGCCAGUCAGAGAAGCACAUCCUAACUGCCCCCACCCGCUCUUUUGGGGAGAGGAAAUGCCCCCAACAUGAUGAACUCCUGAAUUAUUACUGCCACGGGGAAGCCGUCUGUGUCUGCCUGUACUGCGCUGGGUUUGGGCAUCACAAGGGGCACAAUGUGGAACCUCUGAAAGAAGCCUUUGAGAAGAAAAACGUCCAAUUAAAACAAAUUUUGAAGAAACUGCCCAUAAAGAGAAAAGAGACCGAGGGGCAAAUCCAGAGGCUGCAGGAGCGCAGGAGAGAAGUGGCAGAAGUGGCAGCCGCUGAGACAGAGAGAGUCACUGCCCUGUUUAGGGGCAUCAGGGAAGAGCUGGAAGCCCUAGAGAAGAGACUCCUGAGUGACAUCUCCAGGCAGAAAGAGGAGCGCUCACUCACUGAGCUGAUCCAACAGCUGGAAAUAAAGAGGGAAAAUCUGUCGGAGAGGAUGCAGCACAUUGAGGAGCUGUGCAACAUGGCAGAUCCAUUCUCUCUGUUAAAGAAACUGGAAUCAGAAGGGGCUGAUAUUUGGAACGCUGACUGGGCAGAUAAUGGGGCCAGAGAGACUACUUAUAAAAAGCUCUGCGAGGGAAGAGAUGUGGAUGAGGUUAUGAUCAUGGUCAUAUUAAACAGGUACUUGGGGGAUAUAGUAACGAGUGUAAAGAAAGGGCUGGGGAAUGAGCCGGUAAUCAUGGAUACAAACACGGCUCAUAGGGACUUGGCAAUAACAACUGAUGGGAAAUCUGCUUCCUACUCAGGGUCCAAUUCAAACCAGAGUCACUAUAAUAAAGCACAGAAAUUUAAUUUUUAUACUCAAGUGUUAAGCUCUGUAAGUUUUCAGUCAGGGCAACAUUACUGGGAUGUAGAUUGCAGCAACUCAGAACAGUGGCGGGUAGGGGUGGCCUAUCCCAGUAUAGAGAGAGAAGGGUAUCAGUCCCUCACUGGGAAUAAUAACAAGUCCUGGGUGAUGCUAAAACAUACUCAGCAAGACUACUAUGGAUAUACAUGUAAGACAUUCUUUUUUGUGGUACAUGAUGGACAACAAACUAGUUUAUCUUGCUCCCCAGACAGAUCUCAGCCAGUCAGGCAAAUCCGAGUGUUCCUGGACUACGAGGCCGGACGCCUGUCCUUCUAUGAGCUGAGUGAGCCAAUCAGGCACUUACACACCUUCUCCGCCAAAUUCACGGAGCCCCUCCAUGCUGCAUUCUGGGUAGGGAAGGGCAGUGUUACUAUUAUUGGCUAGAGCUCCCCCCAACAAAUUUGGGCAGCAAAGUCUCCUUUGCACCCACUUUAUAGUCUUGGCAGGAAUUCUCACUGUGAAAACCCCGACUAUAUUAGAUUGUCGCUGCAACAAUUUAGUAGAGUUUUUGGUCAAAAAUACAGAAUCUCUAAAGAUUACAGACAAAAGGAAAAUCUUCUAGGAAAGGGGAGGGGCCUCUGCCAUUGGAUUCUAAAUCUGAGCUGUCAAUCACAUAUUGCAAUAUAUGAUUGUAAUAAAAUCUGACCUGUCAAUUACUUUCACUUUCCAUUCAGCACUUCCUAGAUGGCAAAUGCAUAAGAUUUUGAGGUGAUACAAAGCUUUCUUUAAAAACAAGGGCUUUAUUUAAUUAACAAAAAGCAAAACAGAUGUCCGUCCGUAUGUGACAAAUAAUAAAGUGUUAUACCCUAGUGAGUAGCUCUGCCUGGGGGGUUUAGUUCAUUGCACACAGGGUAUUU